CCUAGGGCUCACAGUUUGUGAAGUCUUCCGAAGCUUCACUCGUCAACCCUUUGAAAGAGAAGAUGUCGACCAUGGCCAUGGCGACUGUGUCCGUCGCGGCUCCCGUGCGCGCGACUGCCGGCUCCAAGGCGGCCAAGCCCGCCUUCAUGGGCCGUGCUGCCGCCGGUAGCAAGGCGUCCCUCUCCGACGCCUUCUGCGCGAUGUCCCUCGCCACCCCCGCGCGCAAGCAGGCCAACCGCGGCCUCAGCAUCUGCGCCGCUGCCACCACUUCCGUGAACCAGGUCGGCUUCGUCACCCCUCCCUCCACCGGCGCCGCCGCGUGGGACGCCAUCGUCGAGGUUGGCGGCUCCCAGCAGUUCGUCACCGAGGGCCGCUACUACGAGUGCCACUCGCUCAAGGGGGUUGAGCCUGGGUCCAAGAUUGCGUUUGAGCGCGUCCUCGCGACCAAGGCUGGCGACGCUCCCACCUUUGGCGAGCCCUACGUCCCCGGCGCCAGGGUGGAGGCGACCGUGCUCGAGAACUUCAAGGACAAGAAGCUCAUCGUGUUCAAGUACAGGCGCAAGAAGCACUACAAGCGCAAGAACGGCCACCGCCAGCCCAUGACCCGCUUCCUCGUCACCAAGGUUGUCAAGCCCUAAGCUCGACGAACGCGAGUGGGUGAGGUGACGCGAAUCUAUUAUUCUUUGGCUUCGAGGCGGGAGACUUACGGGGUGAGGAGGCGUGCCGGGGAGGCCCGCGGCACGACACGCGAUUGUACUAGCAGCAGUGCGUCUUAGAGAGACUCUAUUGUUCAUAAAGGAGAGUGAAUCCGACUG